GGCUGAUGUGCGGAAAAGCGGAAGAAGAAGAAGCAGCGGAAGAAAACAACAGCAGCGGCUCCGAGGCGACAGUUAGGACGGCUUUAACGUUACCGGGUCGCUCUCUCUCACGGUGCCGUUGGGUUCUGAGCGAUUGUAGCUUCAGGUUCUGGUUCUGGUUCAGCCCGAACCCAACCGGACGAAAUGUCGCUGUUUGGUAAGAUCUUCGGCAGCGGAGGGAAGGGUGGGAAGGGACCGACUCCCCAGGAGGCUGUCCAGAAGCUCCGGGAGACGGAGGACAUGUUGGCCAAGAAACAAGAGUUUUUGGAGAACAAGAUCCAGCAGGAGCUGCUGACGGCCAAGAAGAACGGAACCAAAAACAAACGAGCGGCUCUGCAGGCCCUGAAGAGGAAAAAGCGCUAUGAGAAGCAGCUGGCCCAGAUCGACGGCACCUUGUCCACCAUCGAGUUCCAGCGGGAGGCUCUGGAGAACGCCAACACCAACACAGAAGUGCUGAAAAACAUGGGCUUUGCUGCCAAAGCCAUGAAGGCGGCUCACGAGAACAUGGACAUAGACAAGGUGGACGAUCUGAUGGCCGAGAUCACGGAGCAGCAGGAAGUGGCCCAGGAAAUCUCCGACGUCAUCUCCAGACCGGUGGGCUUUGGGGAGGACUACGACGAGGACGAACUCAUGGCUGAGCUGGAGGAGAUGGAGCAGGAGGAGCUGGACAAGAACCUCCUGGAGAUCGAGGGAACGGAAGACGUUCCUCUGCCAAGUGUGCCGUCAACGUCGCUUCCAGCCAAACCAGCCAAGAAGAAGGUGGAGGAAGACGAGGACGACAUGGCCGACCUGGAGGCCUGGGCGGCUAACUGAGCCGGCUCUUCCUCCUCGCCAGCCGUCAGCGCCCCCCCCCCCCCCCCCCCCCCCCCCUCCCCCCCCCUCACAUCCGGCAGAGCAGCAGGGACUCUGGGCUGCCGCCAUGCUGCUCUGUCCUACAUCUCCACCGUUUACCACAGCCUGAACCUCUCGUAUGCACAUGUAUGAAGACUCCAGUGAAAUCAGCCUCUUUGCUAACGCCCUGCCCCCCCCCCCCUUUCUAAACGUGCAAAGAGUGAAAGAAAAUGUCUCCAAACCUGCCUGUGGCUGCCGUGGUUCUGCGGAAAGCGGUUUCUGUCUGUAAAUACGCGUUUGGGUGCAUACUGCGUACAAGACCAGGCCUGUCUCUGGGUGAGCGUGAAGAAACCGGCGACACGGCGGCCAUCUUCCUGCUUCCUGCGGCGCCGUCUGUGCCGCGCUGCAGAGAUGACCUCACACGGUUUCUGCUGAGAGCCCGCAGCGGCAGGCGUCUCAGAAAUGGUACUAAAACAUAAAGGUUAACCCGCUGAACGAGGGUUUUCUCUUUUUUGUGGGACGUUGCAUUACAAAAAAAAAAAAAAAACGCGGCUUUGAUUCCUCAUCUGCUGAAGCUGCCAUUAAAAUCUGCUUCCUCUCUCUUCACCUCCACCUCUUCAUCUGUUUAUUCUUUAGGUAAUUUGCUUAAAACCUAGAAACCAUAGAAACCUUUUCUUUGGCUUCCUCCCAGGACCUUAAAUCAUGCCCAGACUUCCAUCCACACCAAAUCUUUUUCUGAACCUGCAAAUCGCCCUGAGUGUGAUUGAAGUUGCUGUGAUUGGCAGAACAGGCCCAAACGUGCCGAGCUGCCGUAAACGAGCAGGAACGGUUUGUUAGAGAUGAAACGUCUGCGCCUCCUUUUCUCAGAAGGCUUCGUAACAUUUCUCUGCGCUUUAAACACGUCACAGAUUUCCCUUUUUGCUUUCAGGAUGGAGAAUAUGGUUUAUGGUAAAAUAAAGUUAGAAAGUUCCCCCACAAAUCGACGGUGAAACUUAUUUUUUUUUUAUUUUUUUGGCUUGUUGGUGAAGAAUGAGCCGUAGAGGCGUUUUUAGUGAAUGUGAGAAGCUGUGCCUGACACCGUCUGCGCCUUGCCUGUCUGGUUUACUAACCAUCACGUGAGAAAGUCUCCCUUCGUCUUAACGAUGCCGUUAAAUGUCGUCUGUGCGCUCCGUUUGCGCUGCUUCUGACUCGGUCUUCCUGCUGAAACCAUGAUGCGACCCUGCCUGCCCGUCAUGGCUGCAGCUCCUCCCUGUUCGUCUCCGGGACAGAUUUAAAGACGUUUCUGACCUGAGCUCUGACCCGUUCUUCGGUAUUUAUGCUUCUGCGUGAGAACCCGAGCGACGCUGGGAAUACGCCGUUUACCUCGGAUACUCGUGUUCUUCCUGACUCCGCUGGACCAGCCGUGCUCGGUUUGCAUUUCACUGUCGCUGAUUUGUUGGGUUGUACAGUUUAGGUGAAAUAAAUAAAGUUUGGAUCCAAUGAGUUGUAAGAAUUGUUGCUUCUCUAAAUAAAGGAAUUUGAUUUUUAUGCAUUUUCUAAA